AUGGCGCACGUCGCGCUCGCGCUCGUCGCGCUCGUCGCGCUCGCGCGCGCGACGACGCGGGACGAGGGCGAGGCGCUGCGACGCGCGGAGGACGCGCGCGCGGCGGAGCGGCGCGGGCGAACGACGGCGGAGCGCGCGCUGCGCGAGGCGCGCCUGGAGCUCGAGCGCUGCCGACGAGCGAUGGACGCGCGCGGAGGCGCGACGCGAGCGAGGGCGUCGACGUCGCACGAGAUGAUGGCGAUGGGGACGUUCGCGAGCGCGUUCGAUCGAAGGCUGGGGACGCCGCGGCAACCGUCGCUGGUGCCGCUGGCGCGAGGACGCGUCGAACUCGACGCCCGGGUGCCGGCGAGCGCGCUGGAGGGAUUGGACGAGUUCACGCACUGUUGGUUGGUGUACGUGUUUCAUGAGAACACGGAUCUGGGCGCGGGGGCGGAGAAAAAUGGGAAAGUGGGCGCGGCGGAUGGGCCGAAAUCGACGCUUCGCGGGAAGAUUCGGGUGCCGAGAUUGAACGGGGAGAAGCGAGGGUGCUUGGCGACACGAACGCCGCAUCGACCGUGUCCGAUAGGACUUAGCUUAGUGCGAAUCGUUCGCGUGAAUGGGAAAUCGUUGGACGUGGCGGGGGCGGACUUAGUGCACGGGACGCCGGUUUUGGACGUAAAACCAUACGUGCCGUACAGCGAUUGCGUCGUCGACGCUCGCGCGCCGGAGUGGGUCGGAAACGAUCUCGCCGAUGGUGACGGACCGUUGACCGUAGAUGAAGUGAAACUUACGGACGCCGGCGAGGCUGCUUUGCGCGCGGCGUGGGAGCGUCGGCGCAAAGAUUCACUGUACGAAAGCGCCGACGAAUUCGUCGCGUUUGUGACGCAGGCGCUCGGGCGAGACAUUCGGUCGUAUCACCAGCGCUUGGGCGAUGUUGCGCCAGACACGGAUUGGCGCGUAAGUUUAGAUGGUGUUAUCGUCGUGUACCGUCAGUCAGCGAAGCGCGUGGUCGUCGUCGGGGCUGAAAACUAG